AUGGCCGAUGCUGGGACGACCACAGCGGAGCUGACCGCUGUAGCAGAAGAUCUCGCUAAGACUUCUGCAAAGAUUGAAAGCGUGGAGAUGGCGCUCAGCGGGCAGGGCGUGUACCUGGGUAUCACCGACAAGGAUACCCUGCUGAGCCAGCUGGACGUGCUGCAGAAGAAGGAGGCUCAGCUGCAGACGAAGGAGCUGUUCAUCAUGGCCGCCGUCGCCGGAGCAUCGGCAUCAGCGGUCCAGGCGGCGUCAAUAUCCGUAGCGUUUCCACCGGUGGGCGCCCUGCCUACCGGUACGGCGCCGGCCUCAACCGACACCUCGAUGGAGGAGCUUACAUCCUCCUCCUCCUCCUCCUCGUCGUCGACUACCACAACCACCUCGGCUACCGCCGCAGCCGUCGUUGUGCCCGUCCCAGCGACGGCGGCCGGUAGCAGCGGCGGCGGCGGCGGCGGCGGCGGCAUCGCGCACGGUGGUCCCGACAACAGCAGCGGUGAGCACGGCGAUGCCACCACCGGUCAAGACGGUCAUCACGUCGCCGACGACAGCGAUUUCGGCGGGGCUGAAGUGGGCGGGCAAGAGGUGGUUGUGCCCGAUGGUGGUGAUAUCGGGGUUGCUAGCGGUGCUCCCUCUCCGACCGUGGAGGCAGGAGCAGCACAAGUCGCAGCCACCCUUGAAGGCGGGGGAGUGACGGAUGUCACAGAAGGCGUUCUUAACGCAGGCGUUACUCCUGCUGCCGGGUAUGUCAGCGGCGGUGGUGGCGAUGGUGGUGCGGUGGGAGUGGUGCAUGGUGAUGUGCAGAUAGCGUUGGCCUCCCCUCAUCAGCUUCUUGCCCAGUCGCCGGCUCCCGAACUGUCCAGCCCAACGCUCCACGUCAACGGCGCCCCCGGGGCAGCAGCCGAGUUGCCCCCGUCCCUCGAAGCGGUCGGCGUCUCUCCCGCUCAGCACCACGCCGCCGCAGCGGGGGGUGCGUCUUCCCCCGCGGAGGGGGCACGCGGAGAAGAAUACGCUCUGGCGGGGCGGGGUGCGAGUCUGUUGGGACGUCACGGGGGUGCGAUUGGCGCGCAUGUGGGCGUUGUCGGGGGUGGGCAAGGGGGGGCCGUGGGGUGCGGGGGACCGUUACGGUCGGUCAAGAGACGGGCGGGAGAUGGAGGAGCGGGGAUCUCGCAGGCGGCGGGCAGUAACAAGCGUCGUGCAAGAGCCAGCGCCCGGUGUCAAUACCCGGGCUGCAUGACGGCCCGUACGUUCGGGCGACAGGGAGACCGACAGGCUUCCUUCUGCGCCGUCCACAAGGAAGAAGGUAUGAUCAACAUCAAGGGACGGCGUUGCAACUCCCCGGGGUGCCAGCACCGACCUGGCUUCGCGAUGCCCGGCGAGAAGAGAGGAAAGUUCUGCGCGUCGCACAGACAGCCAGGGAUGAUUGACGUCGUCAGGUCGAGAGCGGAGACUGUGACCGUCAGCCUGUCUACGGAUGGCCGGGGGAACGUGCCACCCGCUGCGGGACACACAAGCUCGAACGCACGCUGA